GAGUGUAGUAAUAGUAUACUGAGUGAGACAGAAAGAGAGAGUGAAAGAAAAAUUACAGAGUUCUUUCUACAUAAAUACACAGCCUUUCAAUGAUGUAUGGUUUCUUUGGUUAGUGAACUUGUGAUGCAUGUUUAAGGAGUUUGUAGAGCUGGGAUUUCUGGGUUUCGCUUGUAAUUCUGUUUUGGCUGCCAUGGCCAUGUCUCUGGAUUUAAAUGCUGUUAUCUUUUUCAAUGUUUUCCUUCAUUGCAUCCUCAGAUUUGUGCAAGCAUGUCCCUGCUUUUCCAUUCAUGAUGUGAAGAGAAAUCAGGGCUUCCCGCAAUGAACUAUCUUUGAAUUUUUUGGAAUCCGAUGAUUCUUUUCUGGUAGGCUUCUCUAACUAUUCUUAAAUUCUUUCAUUCUUUUGGGGGUUGGGGGCUAUAGAUUUUCAUAUUCUUUUUCUAAUUCUAGCAUACUUCACAUAUCGAUAUAGGAACACACUCAAGUUUAUAAAGGAAACCCACUUGUUUGAUUUUUGUUUUAUUCAUCGGAUUCCUAUUCUUUGUUGUUUUUUGUUUGAAAAUUCACACACUCACAUAGCAUAUCUCUCUUGAUUUCUCAUUUUAAGAAUACAUGCAGAAAUACGACUCUGUAGAAAUAUAGGAUCAGUCUAUACACAAAAUCAUACACAUCUUCACAGCUUAAAAGGGUUUAUAGAAACAGAGAGAGAGAGAUUUGAAUAGAAGCAAAAUAGGGUGAGUGGAUUGCGCACAGACAGAAAAAAACAAGGAAAAAAUAGGUCGUAGAGGAUGUUGGCUGGGUGUUCUAGUUCAACAUUGCUGUCACCUAGCCAUAGAUUGAGGAACGAAGCAUCUGCACAGUUUCAAGCUUGUCAUUUCCAUUCAAUGAGCACACAGAGACUGGACUUGCCUUGUACUUUCUCUCGAAAAGAAACCUCAAGGUCACAGCCCAUUAGGCCUGUUGGCAUCUCUAUUGAGAAUCCCAUUGAAGCAAAGACCAGUAGCUGUUCUCUGAAGCACAAUGUUCGACUGCCGCCACUAGCUACAAGUGCACAGAUUGUCAAAGAAGAGUUUUGGGAGAAGGGGAAGAGUUUGAAGAGGUUUGCUGAACAGGGCACAGUGGAUGAGUCCUGCAUUAGGAGAGCCAAGAGAAAAAAGGAUAGUGCUAAUUUCGAAUUUUCUGACAAUCAAGAAGGGGGAGAUUGCUUGAGUUUAGGCCAAUUGGGUAGAGGGGAAUUUUGGUUGCAAUCCAGUUUUCACUUGCCUCGGUCAGUGCCGAACAUUGCAGGCCUUGAUCAUCAUCAAGUUCCUUUCUCUGUGACAUAUUCAGGUGGCGAUGAAGAGAGGGUCUGCUUUAUUCCUGGUGAAGUGAUUUCGCCCACUUUUCCGUUGUCUAACAAUCCUUGGAUUGAUUCAGUGAUAACUGAGAUCGCUGACCUUGGCGAGAAGGAUGCAGGUACCAGCCAAAGGCCGGGGAAGGAAGGCUCGGGUUCAAGCACUUCAUCCGAAGACCAUGGUUUAGGCCUAGGGCUAAAUGAGAGCACCUCAGAGAUUAAAGUUGGUAAUGGUUCUAGGAAGCCUUAUCCACAAGAAGGCACUGGUGUAGAGGCCAGUCAGGAGGAUAAUCAAGGGGAGCAUCAGGGGUUUGAGCUUCUCAGCUUGCUUGCAGGAUGUGUGGAAGCAAUAGGAUCAAAGAAUGUUGGAGUAAUCAAGCAUUUCAUAGCUAAAUUGGGAGAUCUUGCUUCUCCUAAGGGAAGCCCUACUAGUCGUCUAACUGCCUACUAUACCGAAGCUUUGGCUUUGCGUGUCAGUAGGCUCUGGCCUCAUAUCUUUCAUAUCACUCCUCCUAGAGAGCUUGACCGGCUAGAUGAUGAAUCUGGAACAGCAUUGAGGUUUCUGAAUCAGGUCAGCCCAAUUCCGAAGUUCAUUCAUUUUACUGCGAAUGAGAUAUUGUUGAGGGCUUUUGAGGGGAAGGACAGAGUUCACAUCAUAGAUUUUGAUAUUAACCAGGGGCUUCAGUGGCCUAGUUUCUUUCAGAGUUUGGCCUCUAGGACUAAUCCUCCUAGCCAUGUUAGAAUCACCGGCAUAGGCGAGUCCAAGCAGGAUUUAAAUGAAACUGGAGAUAGGCUUGCAGGAUUUGCUGAGGCAUUGAAUCUGCCUUUUGAAUUUCAUCCGGUUGUGGAUAGGAUGGAAGAUGUUAGGCUGUGGAUGCUUCAUGUCAAGGAAAAAGAAAGUGUAGCUGUGAAUUGUAUUUUCCAGCUGCACAAGACACUUUAUGAUGUCAAUGGAGGAGUACUCAGGGAUUUUUUGGGACUCAUCCGAAGCACAAACCCCAGCAUCGUAGUUAUGGCGGAACAAGAAGCUGAGCACAAUGCCCCUAACUUGGAAACUAGAGUGUGCAGUUCAUUGAAAUAUUAUUCUGCCAUAUUUGACUCCAUUGAUGCUAGCCUUCCAUUAGACAAUCCUAUGCGGAUGAAGAUAGAGGAGUUGUUUGCUCGGGAAAUUAGGAAUAUAGUUGCUUGCGAAGGAAGUGACAGGUUUCAAAGGCAUGAGAAGUUCGAGAAGUGGAGGAGGUUGAUGGAACAAGGAGGGUUCCGAUGCGCGGGAAUCAGUGAGAGGGAAAUGCUUCAGAGCCAAAUGCUGUUGAAAAUGUACUCUUUUGAGGAAUAUAGAGUUAAGAAACAAGGGCACGACGGAGCAGCACUCACGCUAGGUUGGCUAGAUCAGCCUCUCUACACAGUCUCAGCAUGGGCAGCCAUUGACAUAGCAGGCAGCUCGUCCUCUUUUUCUCAGCCAAGUUAAUCUGCUUCUGGUUUCCGUUCCAAUUAUCGCUCUGUUCAUGCAUACAUAUUAUUAUAUUCUUUGUAGGUAGGAAGAUUGUCAGUAUUCUUUCAUUCUUUUCUUGCAGAUAAUAUUGGUCGGUCUAAAUAUGUAUGAAUACAGUAGUAGUAGUAGUAGUAGUUGUAGUAGCCUUCAUUCAUUACAGAUUCGAAUUCUUUUCAGGCAACAACACAUAGGUUUUGGAGUCAGUUCAUAUUUAUUCUUUGAUUCUCUGUCUUUUCAAUUUGUUGCUGUCUGACUGUACCUUUGUCCUUAAGAAAUUAUAUAUGAAAUGAUUCAUUUGAUUUGAGUUUA